CGGAAGUGGAGUCACCGCUUCUUCUCCCCGUCACGGCUGGUGUCUCAAGCUCGGCCCAUGGCAGCCUACUCCUACCGCACCGGCGCCGCCCCUGCCCCGGGCGCGGCGUUGCCGGACCAGAGCUUCCUGUGGAACGUCUUCCAGAGGGUGGAUAAAGACAGGAGCGGCGUGAUCUCGGACAACGAGCUGCAGCAGGCGCUGUCCAACGGUACAUGGACUCCAUUUAAUCCAGUGACUGUCAGGUCAAUCAUAUCCAUGUUUGACCGAGAGAACAAGGCCGGCGUGAACUUCAGCGAGUUCACCGGCGUCUGGAAGUACAUCACAGACUGGCAGAACGUCUUCCGCACCUACGACAGGGACAACUCUGGGAUGAUCGACAAGAACGAGCUCAAGCAAGCACUGUCAGGUUUUGGGUACCGGCUCUCAGACCAGUUUCACGAUAUCCUCAUUCGGAAGUUUGACAGGCAGGGAAGAGGGCAGAUUGCCUUUGACGACUUCAUCCAAGGCUGCAUCGUCUUACAGAGACUGACAGACAUAUUCCGGCGCUAUGAUACUGACCAGGAUGGCUGGAUCCAAGUGUCCUAUGAGCAGUACCUGUCCAUGGUCUUCAGCAUCGUAUGACCCCGGGCUCUGCGAGGAGCAGGCCUCGGAGGACGAUAGACACGCCAAACCUCUCCCUGUCACUCAGCACGAGGAGCUCCGUGCAGCUAGAUGCAGCUCCUGUUUAAUUGCAUAUAAUUAGCGUUGGGGACCUAAAUGUACAUAUGUGGAUAAGCCGAUGAAUGCUUUGUGAUUGUAGCAGUGGCUGUAUCAUGAUCAGACACAAGCAUUUGAUUCGCUGGCAUGUAACGCUUCAAGGGCUCUGCACAGAGGAACGCAGAGCGUGCUCCCCAGGUGUCUCCAGUCUGUAGUGGAAACACCUCUGUUUUAGCCAGAGGAAUUUUAAGUAAUACUGAACUUGCACAUAAGGCUUUUCAUGUGCCUUACUUUUUUAAAAAACUUUAUUGUAUUCGUUUGAAUAUGCAAUGUAAACAAUAAAUGAAUGGUACAGAC